AUGUCCUUUACCUCUCCUUUUGCCAAAUCCGCGUCGAAGCCCGGCCAUGGCACCAUCAUUAUCGAGAUUCUGCCGCCGAGCACACCAGUACUCAAGACUGUAUCUUACCAGUAUCCGUUGAAAUUGAUCGCUCCGGAGCCUCUUCCUCCACCGGACUUUGUCGCAGAGGCAGACACGCCACGUCUCGUUCACACGGUGUACCUCCUGACAUAUGGAGGCGGCAUCGUCGCUGGAGACAGCAUAGACCUGGUUGUGCGUCUGGACCAUCAAACGCGGCUCCUGCUUCUCACCCAAGGAUCCACCAAGAUCUUUAAGACGCUCGAUCCGCAAAUAGUCUCUCACCAGCACAUGAAGGUCCACUUGAAGCACGGCGCUGCGUUGCUGUACCUGCCGGACCCUGUGCAGCCAUUUGCACGCACAGCGUUUUCGCAGUCGCAGCUCUAUCACCUGGAGCAAGGCAAGGGCAGCCUAUGCGUGUGCGACUGGGUCACAAGCGGCCGCUCAGCCAGAGGCGAAGAUUGGGACAUGUACGAGUACCAGAGUCGGAAUGAGGUAUGGGCGACGGAGGCGUCGGGGAAGACGAGGUUAUUGUUGCGAGACAACUUGAUCUUGGACAAGCAUGGACGGACAGAUGUGCAUUUGUCUUCUCGCAUGGAUGGGUUCUCUGUCUUCGGCACGCUCAUUAUCAGGGGGCCCGCGUUUGCGUCGCUGGCAAAAUUCUUCUUGGAGGAGUUUGAAGCACUACCGAGAAUCGGGGGCAGAAACUGGGGCGAUGCAGUGCAAGAGAAGCUGAGCAGCAAGGAGCAGUGGCGCGCAGCCAGGCAGGCAAGAGAGACCAGGGAUCGUGCUGUGUGGAGUGCUGCACACGUGCGCGACUUUGUGCUGGUCAAGUUUGCGAGCACGGAGGUAGAGGGUUCGCGGGGCUGGCUGCGAGACAUGGUCAGGGAGGAGGGGUCAGUAGUGCAUGCAUUCGGCGAGCGGGCGCUGCUGUGUCUGAAGUAG